AUGCAUGAUGUGCAUUAUGUAAGAAAGAAUGAAGGAAAAAAUUAUUCAUUAUGUAAUAAGAGCUAUGGAAUCUAUCUACCUAUCUAUCUAUCAGCUAUGAUGCAUGAUGUGUUUUAUGUAAGAAAGAAUGAAGGAAAAAAUUAUUCAUUAUGUAAUAAGAGCUAUGGAAUCUAUCUAUCUAUCUAUCUAUCUAUCUAUCUAUCAGCUAUGAUGCAUGAUGUGUUUUAUCUACGGAAUCUAUCUAUCUAUCUAUCUAUCUAUCUAUCUAUCUAUCUAUCUAUCUAUCUGUUGUGGACUCAGAAUAGUGACCUAAACCAUCUCUCCGCUGCUUCCCUGUUUUCAACCCUUUCUCACUCUCUCUCUCUCUCUCUCUCUCUCUCUCUCUCUCUCUCUCUCUCUAUCUAUCUAUCUCAAUCUCUCUCUCUCUCUCCAUAUAUAUGCUGUCUUCCUUUCUUUCUCGUUCUUUCUUUGGGCCUCCUCUUACCCAUCCCAUCUCUCCGCUUCUCUCCCUGUUUUCAACCCCCUUCACUCUUUCUGCUCCUCCCUCGCUUCAAACCCUGUACGUUAUAUAUCAAUCUAAAUUCUGCUGAUCUAUCUAUCUAUCUAUCUAUCUAUCUAUCUAUCUAUCUAUCUAUCUAUCUAUCUCUAAUGCUGUUCAUUAUCUAUCUAUCUCUAAUACUCUAUCUAUCUAGCUAUCUAUCUCUAAUACUGUUCAUUAUCUAUCUAUCUAUCUAUCUAUCUCUAAUGCUGUUCAUAAUCUAUCUAUCUCUAAUACUCUAUCUAUCUCUAAUACUGUUCAUUAUCUAUCUAUCUAUCUAUCUAUCUAUCUAUCUAUCUCUAAUGCUGUUCAUAAUCUAUCUAUCUCUAAUACUCUAUCUAUCUCUAAUACUGUUAUCUAUCUAUCUAUCUAUCUAUAAUACUAUUCAUUAUCUAUCUAUCUAUCUAUCUCUAAUACUGUUCAUUAUCUAUCUAUCUAUCUAUCUAUCUAUCUAUCUAUCUAUAACUAAUACUGUUCAUUAUCUAUCUAUCUAUCUAUCUAUCUAUCUAUCUAUCUAUCUAUCUAUCUAUAAUACUGUUCAUUAUCUAUCUAUCUAUCUAUCUAUCUAUCAUAGCAAGAUAAUAUGCAAACUCUCCUGA